GGCGACGGCUUGUGGACGUAUGCGUAGUAGAUGUCACAGUAGAGCGACGCUUGUUUUCGUGUUUCGAGCAAACCUGAUGUUGGUUCUUGUUUGUGCUCUUUGGUCGUGAACAUUAUUUUCUGGUCCCUGAAUGUUCUCGACUCGAGCGCUGGGGAAGAGCGCGCUCUGGAAUCACCUGGAAAAGUGACGGGAGUCGAGCAGAGUGGACGGAGUGGGGCGAAAAGCGGCCUUGAAGAUGGACAUCGGCGGCUGCAGAUCUCUCAGACUGUUGAGAGACAUCUACUGAGCCUUUCUUGGGGGGGAAGAAAGGUCUGACAUACUUUCUCUGUCUGAAAACUGCCAUGUCAGCUCGCACGCCUGCUAUCAGUUACCAGGCGUCUCCAUAAGCUUGAGCCCACUCGCUCUUCUGGACAUGUGGAGGAGGUGAAUGGACUGCAGUGGACAGUGGAUCAGUUCCUGAAAGCUGACCCAUGGUGAAACAGACCACGAGCUCUGCAGUUAUGACCCCACCAUCUGUCCAGUCUCUCCGCUCCUUCUGACCGCAGACCCUCCUCUGCUCCUUCUUCUCGCCAUAGUUGCUUCACUUCACUGUGGACUGUCCCAAGAGACCGGAUCACAUGUGUCGGGUUCUAUGAGCCACUCAGUCUAUCUGCAGCUAGAUUCCGUGGAGUCGUUCAUCGACGAGCUUCCAUAUAUGUUUUAUCUUGGCCUGUUCUUUGUCAACGUGUUAAUACUCUACUAUGCCUUUCUGAUGGAAUACAUAGUCCUUAAUGUAGGGAUUGUGUUCCUGCCAGAGGAUAUGGACCAGGCCCUGGUGGAUUUGGGCGUUCUCUCCGACCCAGCCUCCGUCCCGUACGACACGGACACCGAGUUAGAUGUUUUUGAGGGAUAUCUGGAGUAGGCUGCCCAAGGUCUGAGCACUUUGGUGGGAGGGAGGUGCGCCAGAGGCCUACAGGAGCGAUGGAGGUCUUGGAAGCCUGGCGGGAGGAAAUGCCGCCCUGGACGUUUCGCCGUAGAAGAUUCCCACGCGCUAUAAAGUCGUUCAGGGUCAAGGGAGGACUGACCUUGAGAUCAGACGGCAUUUUCCCAGGGAAAGACUGAUGCCACGUUCCAAGGUCUCCCGGGAGAGAUGGAUGCCAGACAGCGCCCGGCACCGUGGCUGUUAAAUAACCGCAUUCACUUACUUAUUUCUAAACUUCAUUCUCUGAUGUUGCCAUGAUUUUAUUACACAUGCAGGCCAUAAUGGACUUCCCUCACAUUACAUGCACGCCGUUUGGUUCUUGCAGCAGAUCUAAUGGUAAUAAAGCUCUUAACAUCGACCUUCGGUUAGUUUGGCCAGGCUAGAAAGCCGUGAUGCCUGGCCUAAUUCUGCAUGAGCGUUUUUCUGUUCUAGACUAGAUCAUCUUAGGUAAGCAAUACACCUUGAGACUGGCAGGGUUCUGAAAUCCUCAGUAUCGUGCUGCUUUAUAUGAGAUUCUCUAAUGAACUGUACAUUUGUUACAUGCUGUAAAUGAUGUAUUUGGUCUGAUGCAUUUCAGAUACCCACAGUAUAUAUUAUAUAUUUAAUAAACAAUUACUUUCACUUUA